UCGAAGAAGAACAGCAGAUUUUGAAUUAACAAUGAAGAUAAUCAAUGUCCUGAAUAUUUUCUUUUUCACUCUUCUCUCAGCAGGAUUCUGUGAGAAACCUCAUGAUGAAGCUUACAAGCUGAAAAUGGAUGAAGCAUUGCUAAUCUUCUAUAGUGAACUACCACACAGCAUUAUUGUUCACUACACCUCAGAUUACUGUUAUAAGUGUCUUUAUCAGCCCCUUGCCACAGUCGAGAAUGGGCAGAGGAAUGUUUCUGUCGUGUUAAGCACUAUAUUCACACUGACCCUUAGAAUCUCACCUGUGGAUGGAAACAGCUCUCUGUGCAGUCUGAGUCACAAAUUUGAGGAAGCUGGCCAUUAUUCUCUCAGGAUGAGGCAGUCUGACUUGCUAAAUGAUGUAACCUGUUCUUUCAGUGUGGAUAAGAGUCCACACAAUACAUACCUGCCACUGUUAGUGGCUUUCUUGAUACUGGCUCUUACUGCUGUCAUUUGGGCCUCAUUGCCUUUUGUCCUCAGAUGUAGAUGUACUCAGAGGCUAAAGAAUCUUAUCUGUUGUCGUGGGUCACAAAACUCCAUGGAUAUGGAGGAGGCAACUGAUGAUCCUUGCAUGGACAAAAGUAAAUCAAAGUCAUCAAGACUGAAGUCAUUAGACACAUUUAGAGGCUUCUCCCUGACGGUCAUGGUGUUUGUGAACUAUGGAGGAGGCGGGUACUGGUUUUUCGAGCAUGCACCGUGGAAUGGUCUCACAGUCGCUGAUCUUGUGAUGCCUUGGUUUGUGUUCAUCAUAGGAACUUCAGUAGUGCUAGCACUCAGCUCAAUGCAUAGAAAAGGUGUUACACGGUUUCAACUCCUUCGCAAGAUAACCUGGAGAACCAUAGUCCUGAUGCUCAUCGGGUUCUGCUUUAUAAACUACAGCCCAAGAGAUGGAUUAUUAUCCUGGUCCUGGCUACGAAUACCCGGAGUGCUCCAGCGUUUGGGUUUCACCUAUUUUGUCCUGGCACUGAUGCAGACCUUCUCUCCCCACAGAGAGAUCCCCUUGAGAGAGCACCACUGGUGGAACCCAAUUCAGGAUGUGGUUUUGUACUGGCCAGAAUGGCUCUUUAUCAUGCUGCUGGAGACCAUGUGGCUCUGUGUCACUUUCUUAAUGCCUGUUCCAAACUGCCCAACUGGAUAUUUAGGGGCUGGUGGAAUUGGUGAUGAUGGUCUAUACACCAACUGCACAGGAGGAGCAGCUGCAUAUGUAGACAGAUGGUUAUUAGGGGACAAAAUCUACUGGCAUCCAUCAUGCAAGGUCUUGUAUCAUACUACCCAGCCCUUUGACCCAGAGGGUGUUCUGGGUACAAUUAAUUCCAUAGUCAUGGGAUUCUUUGGGAUGCAAGCUGGAAAGAUUCUUCUGUUUUAUCGUAAUUUGAAUGGCAGCAUUCUGACACGAUUCAUAAUUUGGGCCCUUAUUCUGGGAAUCUCUGCAGCCAUCCUUUCUAAGUGCACAAGAGACGAAGGAUUUAUACCUGUCAAUAAAAACCUUUGGUCCCUGUCAUUUGUGAUCUGCAUGGGCUGCAUGGCCUUUGUUUUGCUGGGUGUGAUGUACUUUGUCGUGGACAUUAAGGAAUGGUGGGGGGGCCAACCUUUCAUUUAUCCUGGAAUGAAUUCCAUUUUUGUCUAUGUGGGCCACUCUCUGCUGGGCUUUUACUUCCCCUUCAGCUGGGAGAUGUGUGUUCAGGACAGUCACUGGGAGAAGCUGUUCCAGAACCUGUGGGGUACCGCUCUUUGGGUCUGCGUUGCUUACCUGCUGUAUCGCAAGAAAUUUUUUCUAAAAAUUUGAUUCUAAAGUGCACGUAGUGUCAAGUUCAGUACAUCAAGUGCUGUUGUUACAAACUACCCCACUACUGUGUGGGCUGUUUAAAUUUUGGGCAUUAAUUUAUUGCCGAUAUCAAAUUUAUUGCUGUGACACCACCAUCUGACCCCUAUUUUAUUUUAAGCAUUAUUAUUCUAAAUUGUAAGCAAGUCCAAUACACACCGGGGUCUGACCCUACAAAAUGAUGACAAAAACUAUCGCCAACUAUCGUCAUAGUUUUUGCUAACCGAUAUUUCCUAAAAGCAACAAUUGGCAUUGAUUAAUUGGUAAAACCAAUAUAUAAUAUAAGUAUAUCUCUAGUCCAUAUGACUUGUGCGCUAUAUUUAACCUUUAACCUUUUAAUCAAAGCAAGUCCAUCCAUCCAUCCAUCGUCAACCGCUUAUCCUGUGUACAGGGUCGCGGGGGGCUGGAGCCUAUCCCAGCUAACAUUGGGCCGCUUAUCCUGUGUACAGGGUCGCGGGGGGCUGGAGCCUAUCCCAGCUAACAUUGGGCGAAAGGCAUCAAAGCAAGUCAAAACAGCUAAUUAAAUUGGAAACAAUUAUUUAAUAAAAAUAAAUUAAACAGACUAAUUACCCAUACAACAUCAUUCUCAAAGCUGUUUGAAAUGUUUGCUCUCCCAUUUUGUGCAAUAAUUGUAUAUCUAGUAGAAGAUUUAAAAAGAAAACUUGUAGAUGUUAUAUGUCAAAUUAAACAAGAUAACCUGUUGUUUCCAAUUAUACAAGUUCUGGCAUUUAAAAUCCAAUAACGUGAUUGCGAAUCACAUUAUAAAGACGUGAUAUUUUACUUGCUUACUUGAGUCCUAC